AUGGCGCCAGUGUCAGCUCUUGCAAAGUACAAACUUGUGUUCUUGGGUGAUCAGUCUGUGGGAAAAACCAGCAUCAUCACUCGUUUCAUGUACGACAAAUUUGACAACACUUAUCAGGCCACGAUUGGUAUUGAUUUUUUAUCAAAAACUAUGUACCUUGAAGAUCGAACUGUUCGGCUGCAGCUGUGGGAUACUGCCGGACAGGAAAGAUUUAGAAGUCUUAUUCCAAGCUACAUUAGGGACUCAUCAGUUGCUGUCAUUGCUUAUGAUGUUGCAAGUCGUCAAACUUUCCUAAACACAUCAAAGUGGAUUGAAGAGGUGCGCAGUGAGAGAGGCAGUGAUGUUAUUAUUGUACUUGUUGGGAACAAAACUGACCUUGUGGAUAAGAGGCAAGUCUCUACAGAGGAAGGGGAAGCUAAGUCUCGUGAACUAAACGUCAUGUUUAUUGAAGCUAGUGCCAAAGCUGGCUUUAAUAUAAAGGCGCUCUUUCGAAAAAUUGCUGCUGCAUUACCUGGAAUGGAAACACUAUCUUCCACAAAACAAGAAGACAUGGUUGACGUGAACCUAAGAUCUUCUGCUGGCCAUGACUCUCAACCUGAUGGAGGAGGAUGUGCUUGCUGA